AUGCUUUGCCGCGACACGCUGUGCGACACGACGCCGGCUGUCCUCGACUUCCUCAACGGCCUCUCCGCUGCGAGUAAGUCGCCCAGCACCGGCGGCGGCGGCGCACCACAAGACGGCCAUAACGUGCAGAGCUGCAUGCCUAUUAUGGGUCAUGUUUUUCUCACGAGCCUGCUCUGUGUCUCGAGGCUGGCCCGCAGGCGACAGCUUCUCCUGCAAAGUCUCCAGCAGUCAGCCCUGCCGCCGAGAGCGUCUGCGAUGCCAUCGAUGGAAGACGUCACGGUCCAGCCCCGUUCAGCAGCAGCGGCAGAGGCAGGCGAUACGGUCUUUGUGCGCCUGGUGCUGUCUCUCCUCGGGCACACGGUGAUGAAGCAGGCAACCAAGGCACCAUGCACCGCCGCCCCAGGCGACAAUGCCUCCCCGCAAGCAGCGCCACUGCCGUGGUGGGCCGCCACCUCCGCUCCAAGUGAGCACGCGCAAGAUGUUGUGUAUGAUGUUCAGUGCGUGGACGACGCAGAUGACCGAGUCGGCGACAACGUCGGGCUCAGUGAGGAACAUGCGCCCGAGGCGGGUCACACACCCUUCACCGCCAGGACAGGCGCUCAUUGCCGUAUCGUCUUGCGUUCCCAUCCGGUGGUCAUAUUUUCCCCAGCGAUAAUGAGUGAGUUAGCGCUGGACGCUGAGCAACGCGCGUCUGUCGCAUCGAGGAACGGGUGCCACGGCGGAGCGGCAGGCACCGAUAGCAGUGAGGCUGUGGACGCCGAAGCGGUCACUGGCUCGUGCGUUGCGCGUGCCUUGGAAGUAUUCGACGCGCGCGUGCGCCACCACGAGGAGGCGUGCCUGCGUCAAAUCGCUGAGAUAGUAGAGUCGCUGCAGCGGCUUCUGGAGAAGCCCGCCACGGAAGUGAAAAAGCCCGGAGAGCUGGUCAGCACAGGCUUACCUUCUGAUAGCGCCAACGGUGACGCCGCUCGGCUUGAUGGUUGUGCCUCGCCACUCCACGGGUGGACCGUAGACGUCCCCAUCUAUGGUGUGGUUGUUUGCAUCGAGGACACGCAUGCUACCCGGCUGGAGCGCGUACGCCGUCUCACCACACCGCUGCUCCAGGCGGCGACCGGCUGCGGUGACGCGGCAGGCGGGCCUCUCGGCCCUGUAACACAGGUCCUUUCCAAGCUCCACACCUGGUGUGCUGCGUCGACGGCAGCGUCCACCUCGAGUGCGUCCCCGGGCGCUUCUGCGUGCACCCCCGCCCUACGGGCUAUCACACGCAUGCAUGUGACGGAGUUGCGCCAGCUCGUUGAACGUCACCUCCAUAAGUCACAGACAGCAGCAGCGCGUCUGCCAGGGCCAGCCUACCCAGCCACCGUGGGUUACGACGCUUCACAGACUUUGGCAGCUCCCGCUUGCGUCGUGCACUGCCAGCUCGGUGUGUCACGCAGCCCAAGCGUGGUGAUGCUCUUUUACAUGGACAUGUUCGCGCCACAGCUGCGUGCGGCUGCCUCGGCAGCAGAGGCGGCCCUCGACAUAUUUCACGGCCUCCUGAACGCGCUCGUCCAGGCGCGUCAUCAAGUACGGCCGAACGUGUGCUUUUCCGCGCAGCUACUCUCGCUCUGGAGACGGUUGAUGCAGCUCGACACACCAGCCAGCCCCACGCGAGCCGUGUAG